CUCUCUCUCCCUCUCUCUCUUUUCCUGCCUGCUUGCUUCCUUUCGUCCUACAGCUCUGUGUCUACUGCACCUACACCUUCUUGCGUCGCAUACCUCAUACCUUCCGUAUCGUAUUCAUAGCGGGACAUUGUGCUUACACCGAGCGAGGCUGUGAAGUGCAACAACAAGCUUUCUUCUUUCUUGUUCUAUUUAUUCUACUUCUGCUCCUCAGGCUCAGGCUCUCGUUCCUCUCAAGUUCCAAUUCCUAUCUACUCCUACUACCACCACCGCCGCCAUGUCUGCAUACCCCGCCCAUUCAGGCAGCCCCGGCCCGCAGGCCCAGUACUACCCUCCUCCGCCGCAAGAGCAGCAGCACUUCGCGCCACCACCCCAGCAGCCACAAUUCUACCCUCCCCCGCCAUCCGCGCAGAGUCCCUCUAGCGUACCGCAGCAGCAGCACUACCCUCCCCCGCCGCAACAGUUCUCGCCGCCUCCGCAGCAGCAGUUCUCGCCUCCACCACAACAGCAGUUCUCGACUCCACCCCAGCAGCAAUUCGCCCCGCCACCACAGCAACCACAGAUCCAGCACCAGCCCUCCUUCUCUCCUCCUCCACCUGCACAAGCGCCACCCGCGCCCGCCGGCAACAUCGGCCACCAGCACCACCGAUCCAGCGGGUCCGGGUCCGUGAGCGGCGGCGCGGUCAUGGCGCCGCACCGCAGCGACAGCAUCAACAACAGCACCAGCAGCGGCGCCGCGCUGAUGCCGGGCGGCGCGCCUGCGCAAGGCCAUUUCGUCGGCGCCGGCUCCACCCAGGACGACGUCGGGACGUUCAAUGGUGGGAGCUAUCGCAUUAGCCAUCGCGACACGAAUACGAUUCUGACGGUGCAGUUGGCCAUGGGGGCGCCGUUGGAGGCGAAGCCGGGUUCCAUGUUCGCCAUGUCGCCGACCAUAACGCUCAAAGGCACCGUCAAAUUCAGCGUGAAGAAGUUCAUUGCAGGCGGACAAGCCUCGACAUCGCAAUACACGGGGCCGGGGGAGCUGCUGCUGGCGCCGCCCGCGCUGGGCGACAUCACGAACAUCCGGCUGUCGGGCAGCGAGACGUGGAACGUGGGCAAGGACGCCUUCCUGGCGUGCACGCAGGGCGUCGUCAAGGACUACAAGAGCCAGAGCAUCAGUAAGGCCAUGUUCUCGGGCGAGGGCUUCUUCGUCUACAAGAUCUCCGGCCAGGGCAUCCUGUGGAUCACGAGUCUGGGCGCCAUCGUGCGCAAGGACUUGGCCGACGGCGAGCGCUACAUUGUCGAUAACGGACACCUGGUCGCGUGGAACUGCAAGUAUGUGCUUGAGCGGGGCGCGAGCGGGGGCUUUGUGUCGGGCGUGGUGUCGGGCGAGGGGCUGGUGUGCAAGUUUACUGGCCCCGGCACCAUCUUCAUCCAGACCAGGAACCCACAAGCCUUCCAACAAUGGCUGAUGGCGCACUCGGGCGCCUAAGCCUCCUCCUCCCCCUUUACCUACAUGCCUGUCCAUCAUCACACCCCCAGGUACGGUCGUCGAUGUAGUUGUACCCCCGUUUUCCUUUUCUCUUUCUCUGUAUAUGUCUGUUCUGUUCAUUCGGGCACGGCGCCAUGGGACCACGGACGGACGGAAGGACGUUUUCGAGCACUAAUGAUGACGAUGAUGAUGCUGCUGCUGCUUUUGGGCUUCAUGUGUUUCCAUCAUGGCCUAUAUACAUGCGCAGAUUGCUUUGUGUGCGCGAAAGUUGGAGAUAUCCCUAUAAUUUGGCGAAUGUAAUUGCUGUUUUGGUUAUUGGGCUUUCUCGCUACGUGUAUCUCUUUCUCUUCUUCUGUGCCUUUGCGUGUGUGCUGUAGUGCUCGACAGUGAUUCAUUUAGCUUAAUGACGCAUACAUACAGAUACUGCCAUAGUUCUUUCUGCUGUCCCGGCUUGUUGCCGAAGCUAUGCUUUCAGUAAAUUUAUAGACGUUCACGC